GAUUCUGCAUAACAGAUGUCAGCAGCAGGGGUCUUACGGCUUACGGACCAGAUAUUGCAUAGGCCUCCAAAGCGUGGAGCUGUAGAGGUUUGGAAAUGGAGAGCUUCAAUUUGUCCCCUCUGAAGCUCAUCUUCCCUAGUUGUCUCUAGUCUCAAGCGAUACAAGGCCCGCAUUCAUCCUUCAAUGCUGCUAUCUAAAUACAACGCUCUGGGCUCAUCUCCGCUCGAUAUAAGUAUCAACAUUAUCUGCUCCUGCCCACACAUGCUCAGCACUUAUCAUCUUUUGUCAUCGUCUUCCUCUAUUCAACCAUGGCCGAUCCUUCCUCCAAGCCAGAUCUAGGCAAAGUUGUCGUUAUCGGUGGCUGUGGUUUUCUGGGCAGUCACAUUGUUGAUGCUCUUCGUUCAACGUGCAAGGCUGAGAUAUUUGUUGUCAGUCGUUCAGCCACCAAAUAUCCAGAUCACCAUCCUGAUGUGAAGUACAUUGACGUCGAGAUCAACAAGACGAAUGCAGCUGGAGUCCCAGAUAUCGAGUCAGUCUUUGCCGAAAAUAAGAUAGACGUUGUCUUUCAUACGGCCACUCCCUCGGCAUUGACAGGCAAGGAGCAAGAGUUCGAAGAGGUCAAUAUCAAAGGGACGAAUAACGUUAUCUUGGCUGCUCAGCAUACUGGUGUGAAAGCGUUUGUCUAUACAUCUAGCCAAGCAGUCACCCUGCCAAAUUUUCAAGAGGGCGCUUCAAAUGCCGAUGAAUCGUGGCCGUUGAUUUUAGGAAAAGAUCAAGCAGACCUAUAUGCUAGAUCCAAGGCUGCCGCAGAAAAGGCUGUAAUAGAAGCCAACCAUCCAGGCGGUCUUCGAACAUGUGCUCUCAGACCUGGCGGAAUGGUUGGCAUCAGAGACAACCUCGUCACACCUACCAUAGGCAACCUUUACUUCAACGGGGAUCCCAACACCCAAAUAGGCGAUGACACAGCUCUUUCUGACUACGGAUCAGUUCUCGAUACGGCAAGGACUCAUGUCUCCGCGGCUGUUGCUCUCCUUCGCGCCCACUCAUCACCGACUCCGAUCCCUGAGUCUGAACGCGUUGACGGAGAAGCAUUCUACAUUACUGGAGAACAUGUUCGUUUCUGGACUUUCGCUAGGAGCUUCUACAAGCAUUUUGGUAAUAAAGCCGACAAGAAGCCUACUGUUCUCAGCAAGGGGUUUGCAUUGAUAUUGGCCAGAGUGCUGAUGUUCUUUUUUGGAUUGGUGGGGAAGGAGUCUCCAUUGAAAGUUAAUGAUGUGUAUUAUGCGUGUGCGACGAUGACGGCGAGUAAUGAGAAGGCGAAGAAGAGAUUGGGGUAUGAGGUUAGGGAGCCAAUAGAUGUAGCUGUUGAGAAAGCUUCCAAGUGGUAUUUGGAGAACAGGAGACCCAAGAGUACUUGAGAAACUCGCAUUGUUGUGCGCUUUAUUAUGAGACUUUUUCAAAGUCCGAGUAGCGAAUCUGGAUUUGAUGUUGGGAUUUCAUGAGUCCCAUUGCCGCGCUUGAAAGUCAAAAUUUCAAAUUUCUUGUAACUUUGAACUUGUUCAAGUGCUCUUCUUGUUUAAGCUCUCUUCAAUUUUUGAGACCCAGUCAAAAUCUUCUA